GUUUUCAAUGUAAUUUAUAGAAAUUGUUGUUUUGUAGUAGCCGGCUGUUUGUGGCAGUAUAAAACAAUAAAACUUAUUUCAGUGUGUUGCAGAGAAGAGCGAAAAAACUAAAGUCAAAAUGCCCUCCCAAGUGAUUAAUAAAUUUAAAGAUCUCGAUGCUUACGCUAAGACUUUAGAGGAUUUUAGAAUAAAAACUGCCGUAGGAGGAUUCAUUACUGUUAUUGGAGCUAUUAUUAUGGGUUGUCUAAUUAUGUCUGAAAUUUUUACAUAUAUGCAACCUAAUGUAUCUGAAGAACUCUUUGUAGACACUUCGAGAGGACACAAGUUGCGCAUAAAUUUUGAUAUAAUUGUUCCACGGAUAUCAUGUGAUUAUUUUGUGCUUGAUGCAAUGGACUCUUCAGGAGAGCAGCAUCUUCAGAUAGAACAUAACAUACAAAAAAGAAGACUCAGCUUAGAUGGUGUGCCAAUUGAGGAACCAAAGAAAACUGAGAUUUUAAGUUCAUCCACUGUUAAGCAAAACACUUCAGAGGAACGUAAUAAAAUAACUUGUGGAAGUUGUUAUGGUGCUGCAUUGAAUGAAUCUCAGUGCUGUAAUACAUGUGAAGAUGUCAAAGAAGCAUAUAGAUUGAGGCGUUGGGCACUGCCAGAUUUGUCUACAAUAGAACAAUGUAAAAAUGAUGAGUCACUUGAAAAAUCAAAUUUGGCCUUAAAAGAAGGUUGUCAGAUAUUUGGAUACAUGGAAGUAAACCGGGUUGGUGGUAGUUUUCAUUUAGCACCUGGGAAAAGCUAUACCAGCAACCAUGUCCAUGUUCAUGAUGUGCAGCCGUUUUCUUCUUCAGUGUUUAAUACCACACAUAUUAUCAAACACUUGUCAUUUGGAACUGAUAUAAAAAGUGGCAAUACUGCCCCAUUAGAUGGAGUUGUAGGUUUAGCCAAAGAAGGUGCUGUUAUGUUCCAAUAUUAUCUAAAAAUAGUGCCUACCAUGUAUGUUAAUCUCGACAAAACAGUAUUAUACACAAAUCAGUUUUCAGUAACAAGACAUAUAAAAGCAGUAUCUAACAUUAAUAUGGAAUCUGGAAUGCCAGGAGCUUUUUUCAACUAUGAACUUUCACCACUUAUGAUAAAAUAUACUGAAAAAGAAAGAUCAAUUGGACAUCUAGCUACUAACAUAUGCGCCAUAGUUGGUGGCGUAUUUACUAUAGCUGGCAUAUUAGAUGCACUUUUAUAUACCUCUAUUAGUACAUUGGAAAAUAAAUUUAUAUUAGGCAAAACUGGUUAAGCUGACCUAUAAAGUUUUUAGAAAUCGAUUGUACUCAUCAAUGUGACAUUUGGCAUGAUUUUUACAAAAUUCUACAUCGGUAUUUUCAGCCAAUGCCAUAAUUGGAACAUAGUUUUCUUUAGAGGGAUCAAAUUGAGCUCUUCCUAAUUGUUGUAAGAAAAUAUGCCUUUGUUUAAUCUUGAAAUUUCUACACAGUAAAAUAUUUGGAUGUAAUAAUAUGUUUUCAUGACUAAUU